GUAUUGAUCCCAGGAAAAAUACUGGACUAAGGGCAUAGGAAUCUGAAGACCUCUGUUUCUUCUAGAAGAGGUGGAGAAGCUAGAAACACUAACGUUUAAAAUAUGUGGAGGAAUUAAUCUGCAAAAAGCAUGUGCUUACUGAUGCUAUGGAAUGAAAGGGUGUUCAUUUGCAGAUGAAGAAAAUGAUCAGCUGGAAGGUGGAAAUGGUCAGACAUAACCUUCUUUCUGGAAGCUGAUACGUGAUUUUGCUUUAGGAGAUUUUCCAUAUAAUUUCCAUACAAUUUUGUGACUUUAGGAAUUGUCACCUUGGUUUAACAAAAGGUGAUAAAGUAAGAAGGAGAGAUGGGAAACCCAGAAAACAUUGGAGAUGCAUAUGUUGCUGUGAUUCGUCCAAAAAAUACUGCUAGCCUCAAUUCUCGGGAAUAUCGAGCUAAAUCAUAUGAAAUUUUGCUGCUUGAAGUUCCCAUUGAAGGCCAAAAGAAAAAAAGAAAGAAAGUUUUGCUAGAAACUAAACUUCAAGGAGGCACUGAGAUAACCCAGAGCAUCUUGGAUUAUGUAUUAGAAGCCACCAAACCAAUUUCACCAGCCAAUCAGGGUAUUAAAGGAAAGCGUGUGGUGUUAAUGAAGAAGUUUCCUCUAGAUGGAGAGAAAGCAGGCCAGGAGGCCUCUCUUUACAUUGUUCCAACUGUUGUGAAAGAUAAUACGAAAUAUACAUACAGUCCUGGAUGCCCUGUGUUCUACUGUUUACAAGACAUCAUGAGAGUCUGCAGUGAAUCCAGCACACACUUUGCUACGCUUACUGCAAAAAUGUUAAUUGCCUUGGAUAAAUGGUUGGAUGAACGACACACCCAGUCUCACUCCAUCCCAGCUUUAUUCAGACCAUCUCCUCUUGAGAGAAUUAAAACAAAUGUAAUAAACCCUGCCUAUGCUAUAGAACCUGGUCAAACAGAGAGCUCAUUGCACAUGGGUUAUACAGCCCUGGAAAUAAAGAGUAAAAUGCUGGCAUUGGAGAAAGCAGAUAUGUGUAUCUAUAAUCCAUUGUUUGGAUCUGACCUUCAGUAUACCAAUAGGGUUGACAAGGUGGUAAUAAAUCCAUACUUUGGCCUUGGAGCCCCAGACUAUUCAAAGAUUCAGAUUCCUAAAAGAGAAAAGUGGCAACGUAGCAUGAGCAGUGUCACAGAGGACAAGGAACACCAGUGGGUAGAUGAUUUCCCUCUUCACCGCAGUGCUUGUGAAGGAGACUCUGAUUUACUAAGCCACCUUCUGGAUAAAAAGUUUUCUGUUAAUCAGUUGGAUAGUGACCACUGGGCACCAAUCCAUUAUGCAUGCUGGUAUGGAAAAGUUGAAGCCACUCGAAUGCUGCUGGAGAAAGGGAAAUGCAAUCCAAAUCUUUUGAAUGGUCAACUUAGCUCUCCUCUUCAUUUUGCUGCUGGAGGUGGGCAUGCUGAAAUAGUACAAAUUCUACUAAACCAUCCUGAAAUUGACAGACACAUUACUGAUCAACAGGGAAGAUCUCCACUGAAUGUCUGUGAAGAGAACAAACAAAAUGAGUGGGAAGAAGCUGCAAAACUACUGAAGGAAGCCAUAAAUAAACCUUAUGAAAAGGCACGGAUUUAUCGUAUGGACGGGUCAUACCGCUCAGUGGAGCUGAAACACGGAAACAACACAACUGUCCAGCAGAUCAUGGAGGGCAUGCGCCUGUCUCAAGAAACUCAGCAGUACUUCACUAUCUGGAUCUGUUCUGAGAACCUCAGUCUCCAGCUGAAGCCAUAUCACAAGCCUUUGCAGCAUAUUCGAGACUGGCCUGAAAUAUUCACUGAACUGACAAACUUGGAUCCUCAAAGGGAAACUUCACAGCUUUUCCUGAGAAGGGAUGUGAGACUUCCACUGGAAAUAGAAAAAAAGAUUGAGGAUCCCUUGGCUAUUCUUAUACUUUUUGAUGAGGCCAGAUAUAAUUUACUGAAAGGUUUUUAUACAUCACCUGAUGCAAAGCUGAUUACACUGGCAAGUCUUCUUCUACAAAUAGUCUAUGGAAAUUAUGAGAGCAAGAAACAUAAACAGGGCUUUCUAAAUGAAGAAAAUCUUAAAUCUAUCGUACCAAUAACUAAACUAAAAAGCAAAGCUCCUCAUUGGACAAACAGGAUACUUCAUGAAUACAAGAAUCUCAGCACCAGUGAAGGUGUCAGUAAGGAGAUGCAUCACCUUCAGCGCAUGUUCUUGCAGAAUUGCUGGGAAAUUCCUACUUACGGAGCAGCUUUUUUCACAGGACAGAUAUUCACCAAAGCAAGUUCAAGUAGCCAUAAAGUCAUCAAAGUGUAUGUAGGAGUAAACGUAAAAGGGCUGCACCUCCUCAACAUGGAAACAAAGGCUUUACUCCUCAGCCUAAAGUACGGUUGCUUUAUGUGGCAGUUGGGAGAUGGAGAUACGUGUUUUCAAAUCCACAGUCUGGAAAACAAAAUGAGCUUUAUUGUACAUACCAAGCAGGCAGGACUCGUUGUAAAACUCCUGAUGAAAUUAAAUGGCCAGCUAAUGCCAACUGAAAGAAACGAGUGAUGGAAAUGAACAAUAGUUAUGAGAUGGCAUCUGAUGGCUGAGCAAAAAACAACUUGUUCCUCCUCGUAACAGGACUUCCAUGUAUAUGAAUUUUACACAAUAGAAAAGUCAAUUUGUACAGUUUUUUUAACUUUGUACAGAAGCUGCAUGGUUUAUUUUUUUAAAAAAAACUAUACAACAUAUCUAUUAUUUUUAUAAGUAUUUUUGUGUUUCAUAUAUUAACUAUUGUAGGGCUUGAGCUUAACCAAUAAAGCUGAUGAAAUCUAAAUGGUUUACCGAGUUCGACGAGCAUGAAUCCAGUAAAGCUGUUGUUCCCAGAGAAAUAUGGGACUACCAGUGCCAUUAAGCAAGUCUCAGUUAACCUAUUUACCUUUCGUGUCAUUGGUGGAACAUCAAGGAGGUGGUAUAUGUUGCAGUAUUUUGUAGACACCCUGUAUUUUUAAGAUACUAUUGAUAAAUGUGCUUAAAAGACCAGUUAGACCUUUGAGCAACUACUUUUGAUAAACUCUUGUUUUUUAUUUGGUUUCUGACAAACAUUUUAGCUUGCUUUAUUUUUACUCUUAACUUUCUCAUACUUUGUAUUCAUAUUUAUUCUAAAGUACUGCAUGAGGAUGCCAAAAGGGAAAUACUUUAAAUCAUUCAGAAGCCAUAUUGAAUGUUUAGCAUGCUUGUUUUGUAAAAUGAAUUUUUACUUUUGCUGUGCAAUAUAAAGUGUAUGUAUGGAGGAGAGGGAGACAGGGAUUUACAGAUGAACCUUACCCAGAGGACUUCAGAAAGUUUUAUAAAUCCUACCCUGGAUUGCAACACAUAUGCAGUAACAAAAGCUCAUACAGGAGGUACUAAGUUAUUUCUCUUAAAUUAAUUUUCUUACUGAUCAAUUCAGUUUCUUCAGGCUAAAAGCAGUGCAGGAUGAAGGAAUGAAGAUGACAAGGACAUCAGAAACAGUUUGUAAGCAUUCUGCCUGCUCUUUGUAGAGUCAGGGUUGGGGCUCCACAAGUUGGGUCCCAAGCAUAAGGUGGGAUUCUAUGCAGUCUGAAACAUAUCCUUGUACAUUAAAAUAGAAUCUGUAACACAAAUCUUUGAAGUUUCUGGUUGUAUUUCAGGGUUUUAAGUGCACUUGACUAUUUCUUCCGUGUAAACUGCAUGCUAGAACAGUGUGCAAUAUUUUGUAAAAAAAAAGCUUUUAUAAAAAAAUAAAAAUUAGCACUUGCCUCUAAGUUUUCAAAUAAAAGCUAAAAUGAAUGUGAAGAACUGUGCUGUUGUAUAGUAACUUUACUCAUACCUUACUAGUAACUGCAGUUUGAGAAAUUAAAGUAGUAAGCUGUUAAAAACAUGAACAGGAGACUUGUAUUUUGUAUUCUUCUUAGCAAGCUGUAAUUUUCUACUUAAACUUCACAGGCCUAAAUAACAGUAAAUUUUCAUGGAUUGUUAUGCUUUAUUUAAGGUAAAUAAUGCAACAGUCAGGUCCUUCAUCGUGCAUCCCUGCUAUCACUUGGCACUGGUAUCAGAAAUCCAUUUCUCUACCUAGCACUUUCUUAGAAAACUAGAGGAAAAUGUUAGGAAGGUGUGUCAGUUGCCUAUAUAACUAUACUAUCAAUAUGCCUUAUUGCUGUAUAGUCCUUUCUGCUAAAUUCUUAUUUAUUACUACCUAAUAAAUUGUUUGCAACAAGUCA